UCUUACGUGUGAAAUCACGAACUCAAUAAAAUAAUCUAACUUCUAUAAAGACACUUUAGUGCUUCUCUUACUAUUUGUAGAGUCCAUGAAAUUUCAUUUGUUCUUUAUGGUCUUAUGUUGCUAAGCUCGACUAAAAAUGUAUCGCUUAUAAUUAAAUAAUAUUUCACCGUUCAGUUUAUGAGAUUUUGACUAUAGUAUUUUAUUAGCUAGCAUUAGUUUUUAGUGCUUUACAAAUAUGGUGGAUUAUUACGCUGCACUAGAAUUAUCACGUAAUGCCACUACACAAGAAAUUAAACAAGCGUACAGGAAACUUGCUCUAAAAUGGCAUCCCGAUAAAAAUUUGGACAAGAAAGAAGAAGCUGAACGGAUGUUUAAAGAAAUAAAUGAAGCUUAUGAAGUUCUUUCAGAUGAAAAGAAAAGAAGAAUAUAUGACCAGUAUGGCAAAGAAGGUUUGGAUGGUGGCGGCAAGAGGAUGAGGAGGCAUUACCAUGGCCGAGGAGCGGAUGCAUUUGAUUCAGAUUUCUCACCAUUUUUCCAGUUUUCAUUCCGUAAUCCUGAAGAUGUGUUUAGAGAAUUUUUUGGCGGCGAUCCAUUUGCGGAAUUCUUUGGUACUGGUUCAGAUAGGCAAAACCAAAAUGGAAGCAGUAGUAUGUUUUCUGGCUUAAUUUCGAGAUCUAAGAAAAGAUCAGGAGGUCUUAGAACGAGAGAUCCAUUUCAACCAGGUGCCUUUGGCUUUGGAAAUUUCCCAUUUUUAUUUAAUGAUAUGAAUGCAGGUUUUCCAGACUUUUCUAGCAGCUUCAAUGCCACAGUCUCUACAGGAAGCAGUCAACCAGGGGCAGGGGUUAGAAAGACCACCACUUCUACUAGAUUUGUAAAUGGGAAAAAAAUAGAGACAAAAAAAGUACUUGCCAAUGGUGUGGAAACAGUAACUGUGCAUGAAGAUGGUGUUUUGAAAUCAAGAACUGUAAAUGGAGUGCCACAAAUGAAUGCUAUUAAAUAAAGCUUAAGAUAAAAAUUUAUUGAAUACAGGAUGGAGAAAGUUGCUUUUAAUUUCAGUCAUUACAUUGAAAGUUUCCUCUACAAAUGACCAUUUUGAAGUUAGUUGCUAUUCAGAUGGCGAUUGUAUAUAUUUUGAACUAAUGUUACUGUAAUAUUUAUGCUUCUUUUUCUGUUUUUCCUUCAAUGGCUGUAAAAAAUUGUUCUGAAAAAUGGAUAUAAAGUGCUCACUUCUUAAAACAUGUUUAUAAUCCUGCUGGGUGUUUGAAUGAAAUUCAUAUUAUGUACAUUUAUUUAACACAUUUAAGAAACAUACAAUAUCACAACCAUUUUUAAUUUUCUUCAGUUUUUUUGUACUUAAAAAGUUGAAUGUGGCUUGAGCGAUAGUGACGCAUGUCUCUUUUUCUUCCUUAUUUGUGUGAAAGAUAUUAUUGAGGCCCAGUGUUUUGACUAGUAGAAAAUACUUCAUUUCAUGAUGUCUUAAACGUUAGUCACGCUUUUGCUGUUGAUCUUUGAUCUGAUGAUUUAAUAGAAAUAGUACCAGUCUUGGAUAACAUAUUUGAGCCAUAUUUAGUAUUUAUAAAGAUAUGAUUUCUCUUUUGUGUUUUUCCUUAAAAUCACUAUCUCAACAUUUAGAUUAAUUAAAUGCAUUUGUAAAAGCAUUUACAUUAUAUUUGAUGAAUUUUGAUUUUAAUGAUUUCUUUGAGUGUUAAAUGUUUAAAAAAAAUAAAGUUUGAAUCUGUGAGUUUUCAAAUAUUUAAUUUUCAUUUUAUCAUUGGAGUGAACAACUUAUAUUUAAAUGACUGCACUUUUGAAACCGAAUUAGUAACUGAGUUUGAUUUAAAAAAAAAAAAAAAUCGUGGACUAGAUGUAGUUGAAUUCCUUUGCACAAUUUCACAUUGUUUAAACUAAUUUACAUAUGCACUCACUUGCCUAUGUAUAUAUGUUUCUGUUUGUAUUAUAUUGGAUUUGUUCUGUGCCUAUUUGUCCACGCAUCUUGAUUCCAUGUAAAGAAAAAAACUGGCCAAUAUGCUGUUUCAGUGUUAGAUUUUGUGUUAUAAUUGCAAUUAAAGCUGAAGUAAAAUAA